AUGACUGCAAUUGCUAAGCCUGUCGGGAUUGCAAACCUGCCCAACCAGCGGUACAAGAUUGUGAGCGAGCAAGGCGGUGUGCUCAACUUGAUGGUGUGUGGGGAGAGCGGGCUCGGGAAGACGACGUUUAUCAAUACGCUGUUCCAGACGACGCUGAAGCACGCGGACCCACAGCGGCGCCGCGAGUUGCCCAUCCGGAGAACCGUCGAGAUCGACGUUACGAGGGCCGUCCUGGAGGAGAAGAGCUUCAACCUCAGGGUCAACGUCAUCGACACGCCCGGGUUUGGGGACAACAUAAAUAACAGGAAAGCCUGGCAGCCGCUCGUCGACUUCAUCGACGACCAGCACGACUCGUUCAUGCGUCAGGACCAGCAGCCCUACCGUGGGGUCAAGUUUGACCUCAGAGUUCACGCCGUGCUCUACUUCAUUAAGCCCACGGGCCACGGGUUGAAACCGCUCGAUAUAGAGACGAUGAAACGGCUCGCUACACGGGCCAACCUGAUCCCCGUAAUUGCAAAAUCGGACACAUUGACCGCACAGGAACUGGCCACGUUCAAAUCAAGGAUCAGACAGGUCAUCGAGGCGCAGGAGAUCAGAAUCUUCACCCCGCCACUGGACUCCUCUUCGCUAGGUGGUGGUGACGACGAGCCUGCAGGGCAUGGGGACAGCACCCCCGUGGCCACACAGGAUACUGCCGCAAUUGAACAUGCAAGACAAUUGAUCGAGUCCAUGCCAUUUGCGAUUGUCGGGUCCGAAAAGAAAUUCGACGAUGGGAAGGGCACGAUGGUCGCCGCAAGGAAGUACCCAUGGGGGUUGGUAGAGGUCGAAAACGAUGAACACUGCGACUUCCGGAAGUUGAGAAGCCUGCUGCUGAGAACGUACUUGCUGGACUUGAUUCUAACCACGGAGGAAAUCCACUACGAGGCCUACAGGAGACUCAGAUUGGAAGGCGUCACAGAAGAGAAGGAUAAAGAAAACGGUAACGGCUCUUUGUCCACAAGUACCUCUGGUGCCCCAGUAAAGGCACCGGCAAGGAAAUUGUUCUACAACCCCAAAUACAAAGAGGAGGAGAACGCUCUGAAGAAGUACUUCACCGAUCAAGUGAAGGCAGAGGAACAAAGAUUUAGACAAUGGGAACAAAACAUCGUCAACGAGAGAAUCAGACUGAACGGUGAUCUCGAGGAAACUCAAAAUAACGUUAAGAAAUUAGAGGAACAGGUAAGAAACUUGCAGUUGAAGAAACGGUGA